CAGCUCUGCAGCCGAAGCCCUGAGUCCUGUUCUCGCAGCCGGAGCAGAGCCGCCACGUUCAGCACGGGGGGAACCCCAUCUCUCAGAGCGCACCUGACGGCACACCGCCGAGACACAGGCUCCGCACACGCAGGAUAAGCGUUAUGAUGGAGGCGUUCCUGGCGCUGUCCUGCCUGCUGCUGGCCAGCUCCGUGGGAUCGCAGGACCUGUCGUACGAGGCCAUGCUGCAGCAGCUCCACGCCUGCCCCAAGGAGUGCCGCUGCCCGCCCAGCUUCCCGCACGCGGUCUACUGCGAGAACCGGGGCCUGAAAACCAUCCCUGCCAUCCCGCCGCACACCUGGUACCUGUACCUGCACAACAACCAGAUCGAGGUGCUCUCCGAGCAGGCGCUGCGCAACGCCACCGCGCUCCGCUGGGUCAACCUCAACCGCAACAAGAUCACCAGCGAGGGCGUGGACGAGGGGGCCAUGAAGGCCAUGUCCAACCUGCUGCACCUCUACAUGGAGGACAACCAGCUGACCGACAUCCCCUCCCCGCUGCCGGCGUCCCUGGAGCAGCUCCGCCUCUCCCGGAACAAGAUCUCCAAAAUCACGCCGGGCGUCUUCGCCGGGAUGGACCACCUGUCCCUGCUGGACCUGCAGGGCAACAAGCUGGAGGACGACUCGGUGACGGAGGAGAGCCUGAAGGGCCUGAGCGGGCUGGUCCAGCUCAACAUGGCCAAGAACAACCUGAAGACCAUGCCGGGCGGCCUGCCCCUCAGCACCACCCAGCUCUUCCUGGACAGCAACGCCAUCGAGAAGAUCCCCGUCGACUACUUCAAGGGCCUGCCCAAGGUGGCCUUCGUCCGCCUCAACUACAACAAGCUCGCCGACGGCGGCCUGCCCAAGGACGUGUUCAACAGCUCGAACAUCCUGGACCUGCAGCUGUCCCACAACCAGCUGACCGAGGUGCCACGCUUCCCCCUGAGCCUGGAGCACCUCCACCUGAACAACAACAAGAUCAAGAGUGUCAACGGAUCCGAAAUCUGCCCGGUGCCCCUCAACGAUUUGUACGACUAUUUCGACGACAAGGGGCCCCGACUACAAUACCUUCGUCUGGACGGCAACGAGAUCAAGCCCCCGAUACCGAGGGAACUGAUGAUGUGUUUCCACCUGCUUCGGUCCAUCGUCAUAUAAGCUCACCUCACCUCACCUGUACCGCCACCAUCGCCAGGUUUAGCCAUUCGCAAAAGGGGGACACAUCAAAAUUAACGCAUUCCACCCAGGAGCCGAGGAACGCAAGUGAAACGGAACAUAACUGACUGCGUGACUGUGAAGACAUUGAACACAGUCAGUCAGUAGCCCACAGUAAAUUAGCAUGAUGUAGAUACACACACACACACACACACACACGCGCGAGAGUGCAGUCCUGAGUUUGUUGACCACCGGUUGUGCCUGCUUGUUAAUCCCACAGUGCUUCACGCCAGUUGAAUGUUUUACGUGUUCUUACACAAUGUUUGUACAGCUUGUUUGUGACCUCUGCACGAAGAAGUUACCUCUCUUCAAAUGUCUUACUUGGCGAGUCUACAGACAAGGAAACGGUUUUCAGAAAAACCGUUUUUUUUUUUGUAAUGCAUUAUUAGCAUAAAGUGUUUUUUCUGUAUUCUGUUUACAUUGCUGGGUUUACUUUACAGUAAUUCGGACUAUGUAUCAGAAACAUCCUUAUAUCUCCUCCGUAGAAGUUUAAUGGUUAAUUUUCCACUGUUUCUCUUUGUUUCUUGGUGUGCUUCUUUUUUUUCUUAUUGGAGACGUCUGGAGCUAAAACUGGACUUAGUUGAUGGACUGUAUCCUCCUGUUUCAAGCUCAUAAGCUGAUAUCCCUGACGACUCAUGUGAUCUUUAAAAUAUUUAACGCUUCAUCGGUGCUCCAAAGUCAUCAGUUCAGCAGCCCAUUUGAAAAAAAAAACAAACCCUGGGUAGCAAAUUCAUAAACUGGAACAAAGUUCUCUUCUGUUUUCAUUGGCAGACGAGAGAUGCCAAUGUGAAGUUGAGGUGACCCAUUUUAUUGAUAACAGUCCCAUUACGUUGCAGUUUUGGCACAUGUUAUGGAAACAUUACGAUGGUGUUACUGUAUGUACUGUGUAUGGUAACGACAUGGUUCAGAGGUGAGCAUUGCUAGCUUUCUGACUGCAUAACAAUCUCACCACAAGUUCAGACCGCAUUCUCACAGAGUACUAUGAGAUUUGCUGUUUUUUUCCCCCGCCAUUUUGGGUUUUUUUGUUACUGUUGUUUAUAUAUUUUCAUAGUUUAUGUGCUAAUUGUAAGCCAAAAUGCUCAGCUAUUUUUCCCUUGUAAGUAUCCAGAAUAUACUGUAUGUUGAACGUUAGAUCUGCUUUAAAGACGCAGUACAACAAUAAAAUAUUGGAAUACUUCU